AAAUAAAGAACAAGAAGAAGAGAAAAGAAAACCCCAUAUUUUUCUCUCUCUUCCCCUGACUCUCGCUCUCUCUCUCUCCCUCUCCGUGUGAAGACCCGUUGAUCUGUGAGAGAGGAAGCUGUUCCAAACCCAGAAGCCCGAUUUGGUUGAUUGAUUCAAAUCAGUGAUUGAGUUCUCAAAAACCCAUUUGCUAAUCUCCAAUGCGGUCUCGUGGAAGACCAACAAGAAACAGAGUCUUGAGCGGAAAAACCCAGAGAAAUAGAUCUGAAAUUGGUCAACGUCGUUGUGGGUGUGGGAUAGGAUCUAAUGGUGAGGAUUUUGGGACCAUUGGUGGAGGUGUGUGCAGCGAGUCGGGUCGGUAUUGGUAGGAGCGUAGUAGUGGUUUCCGGUGCAGUGGUGGGGCUGCAUAGACGACGAUGCAGCUUCAUUUCUCUCCUAGCAUGAGAAGUAUCACGAUCUCUAGCAGCAAUGGAUUUAUUGAAUUGAUGAAGAUCAAGGUCGCAGCUCGCCACAUCUCCUAUAGGACCCUCUUCCACACUAUUCUGAUCCUCGCUUUCUUGUUGCCAUUUGUCUUCAUUCUCACUGCCGUUGUUACCCUCGAAGGUGUCAACAAGUGCUCCUCAUUUGAUUGUUUAGGCAGGCGUUUGGGACCAAGGUUUCUUGGUAGGGUUGAUGAUUCAGGAAGACUGGUUAGAGAUUUUUACAAGAUUCUUAAUCAAGUUAAUGCUGAGGAAAUCCCACAUGGUCUCAAGCUGCCAGCUUCGUUUAGUCAACUUGUUUCUGAAAUGAAGAACAACCAGUAUGAUGCAAGGACCUUCGCUUUCAUGUUAAGGGCUAUGAUGGAGAAAUUUGAAAGGGAGAUUAGGGAGUCUAAAUUUUCGGAGCUGAUGAACAAGCACUUUGCAGCUAGUUCCAUUCCAAAAGGGAUCCACUGUCUGUCUCUUCGUUUGACUGAUGAAUAUUCCUCAAAUGCCCAUGCACGCAAACAAUUGCCUCCUCCAGAGUUACUCCCUUUGCUCUCUAACAAGUCUUAUCACCACUUUAUCCUGUCAACUGAUAACAUUUUGGCUGCUUCAGUCGUUGUUGCUUCUACUGUCCAGUCAUCUCAAAAACCCGAAAAGAUUGUCUUCCAUGUCAUCACUGACAAGAAAACUUAUGCCGGUAUGCACUCAUGGUUUGCACUAAAUCCUAUCUCCCCAGCUAUUGUUGAAGUGAAAGGUGUUCACCAGUUUGACUGGUUAACAAGAGAAAAUGUUCCAGUACUUGAAGCUGUAGAGAACCAAAAUGGAAUCAGGAAUUACUACCAUGGUAAUCAUGUUGCAGGGGCCAACCUCAGUGAUACUACUCCACGAACAUUUGCUUCAAAAUUACAAGCUAGAAGUCCUAAGUAUAUAUCCUUACUCAACCAUCUUCGCAUAUAUAUACCCGAGCUCUUUCCAAACCUUGACAAGGUCGUCUUUUUAGAUGAUGAUGUUGUGAUUCAGCGUGAUUUAUCUCCCCUUUGGGAAAUUGACCUUGAGGGAAAAGUUAAUGGAGCUGUUGAAACUUGUAAAGGUGAAGAUGAGUGGGUAAUGUCUAAGCAUUUCAGGAACUACUUCAAUUUUUCCCAUCCUCUCAUAUCAAAGAAUUUGGACCCUGAUGAAUGUGCAUGGGCUUAUGGGAUGAAUAUCUUUGAUCUUAGUGCUUGGAGGAAGACAAAUAUAAGAGAAACAUAUCAUUCUUGGCUGAGAGAGAAUCUGAAGUCAAACUUGACAAUGUGGAAACUUGGGACCUUACCACCUGCUUUGAUUGCAUUUAAAGGUCAUGUUCACCCAAUUGACCCAUCAUGGCACAUGCUUGGCUUGGGCUAUCAGAAUAACACCAACAUUGAGAGUGUAAAAAAAGCCGCAGUUAUCCACUAUAAUGGCCAAUCUAAACCAUGGUUGCAGAUUGGCUUGGAGCAUCUCCGUCCAUUUUGGACCAAGUAUGUCAAUUACACCAAUGAUUUUAUAAGGAACUGCCACAUCUUGGAGUCGUAGUUGAUCAACUAGAGGAGCUAUAAACAAGAGAGAUGGGCUGGGAAAAAAUAUCCGAGUUAUACAGAUUUCAUACGAGUCUUUUGCGGUUCAAAUUUCUUUCCGAGAUUUAUUUGAGAAGACUAGCAGAAAAGUGGCCAAAAGGUCAGACCUUUCAAGGUCCAGAUUCGCUCGCAUUUGCAAACAAGGACCGGCAUCAAUAUCACGGCAUGAGAUUCAUUCUUUCAAUCUGUAACAUAGCAGUCCGUCCUUUAUUUUUUGGUUGAGAAAAGGAUACUAUUGUUGGUCCUCUGCCAGGGGGAGUCUUGCCUGAUUUCUUAGAGCAUAUUUUGAAAUAAAGUGAAAAUAUACAAAGAUAGAAGGUACUGAUGUUAAUGCCCUUCGUGUUGAAUGGUGAAUGGACGAGGAAGGCUAGGACAGCUCUUCUGUGAGGCUCCCCCGGUAGCCCAGAAAUGUUUCUUUGCCUUUAUUUUUUAUUCUUUUGUUGUUUUCAUUUUUGUUAGUACCCAUUUUUCCCCUUUCAUUGCUAUUAUUACGGUGGAUUUUAGGGGUAGGCCAUGAGAUUGCUCUGUUACAGGUCCCAUUUAAAUGAGGAACUUUUUUAGGUUAUAAAUCGGUAUCUGUUAUGUACGAGAGACAUUGAAAUGUGCAGAAAAUUCUUUCGAACUUU